UAUGCGUACUUUCGCGUGCAAACGAGUUUUCCUUAAGGGAUUUCCAGUACUCACGUUUUUCGCCAUCGUCAGCCUGUAUGCCAUGCAGAGAUCAGUCUAUUUCAAACCGAGUAGACUGGCGGAUACCCUGCAAGCGCUGCAAGACACUCAGAAGUUAAACACCAAGCUCUCGCUUAGAGCGAGGAACAUCAGCCUGAGCCAAGCGGCGUCCACCAUUGGUAGCCGGAAGAGGUCCGAGGGCGCUGCCCUGGAGAAGACGACCAGGGGCUGGUUCGACAAGCGACCGAACGUCACGGCCUCAAAACUGAAUCCAGCCGACCAUCCCCACUUCCGGGGAUUCGCCAUCGAGAACCCGGGCGUGUGUACGAAUGAGACGGUGGACGUCCUGAUCUACUUUCACUCGGCGGUGGACCACAGGAACGAGAGGAGGGUCAUCAGGGAAACGUGGGCCAGUUCGCAGACCUUCAGCGACAUCAGCGUUAAACGCAUUUUUAUUCUGGGCCGCACCGAGGACAAAUUACGACAGCUCCAGAUCGAGACGGAGCAGUCUGCGUACGGGGACCUCGUGCAGGGAAAUUUCGUGGACGCUUUCUCGAACUUGACGCACAAGGCCCUGACCUUGCUCGUCUGGGUUAACGCCCACUGCCCGCAAGCCAGGUACGUUGCCAAAGCCGACGACGACAUGUUCGUCGACAUCUACCGGGUGGUCAAAGAGCUCGUGCCGCAGCUGGCCUCGGUGCCGUCCGGCGCGGCCUGCGAUCACAAAACGGACAUGGACAUCAUCCGAUCCCCCGGUUCCAAAUGGUGCGUCGACAAGUCGCUGCUCGCGGGUCGGUCAAAGUGGCCGCCGUUCUGUCCGGGGUACUUCACCCUCUUCACGGGGAGCACCGUCCCAAAGCUCUACGAGGCGUCGUUUUCGGUGAGAGACUUUGUUCCUACCGACGACGCUUAUCUGUUCGGCCUGCUGCCAGAACGAAAUGUGACGUUGGAGAUCGUCAACAUCCACGGGGUGAUUUCGCCGAACGUCCGGGCCAAUCCUGAAGAGGAACUCAAAGUCCAGGGGAAGCUGGAGUAUCUGGCGUUUCGAGCCAAUAAUGCAGCCGAGCAGACGAAGAUCUGGUCAGCGAGGUCUAAAAAACUGACCAGCUGGGAGCAGGCCCACAGCUUCUAUCACAACGCUCUUAAAGCAGCAGGCGAGAAAGGGGUGCUUGUCUUAUAGAAAUGACGCGGUCAGAAUCAAACGUGGACCAUCGUUGAAACAUUCCAUUAACUCAGUCCAUAAUAUAUGCAUGUUUUGUGCAAUAGUUUAUGCUUGUGGUGAAGGCAUCUAUUAGUGGUAAAGGCCUCCAUCUUUUUGGUAAUGCCUCUAGCUUGUGGCAAAGUCCUCUACCAUUUGGUAAUGCCUCUAGCUUGUGGCAAAGUCCUCUAGCAUUUGGUAAUGUCUCUAGUUUGUGGCAAAGUCUUCUAACAUUUGGUAAUGCCUCUAGCUUGUGGCAAAGUCCUCUAGCAUUUGGUAAUGUCUCUAGUUUG